GGUCCACGAGGAGAGUGUACAUACGGCGAGCGCACGGGCUGCUGCAGCAACUUUUCCAUCCUUCGAUAUACGUACACGCGUCUACGCGAUUGAUCAGAGGGGCGCCGUCGAGGAUCGAUUGCUCGCCGACAAUAGAGCUGAUUUACAAGCCGCUGUUUAUACUCGUUCUGUGUUGUGCCGCUCUCGCCAGUCUCUCCGCGAGCAGCUCCGCUAGCGUCUCGCGAUACACUAGCCGCAUAGGCAUAGCCAUCGUCAUCAGGAAGGGACGCAGGACAAUCGGCCGCCAACAUGAAGAUCCUGAUGCGAGCGGACACCCACGUGAACAUCGAGGUGCCGGGGAACCAGCCCGUGGCCAAGUGCACCUUCUCCCAGGUGUUGGCGGCGUUCUCCGUGUCGCUCGGCUCUAUGGUCGUCGGGUUCGCCUCGUCCUACACGUCGCCGGCCAUCGUGUCAAUGACCAACAGCACGCUCAACCCUGAUUUCGAAGUCACCAAAGAUGCUUCUUCCUGGGUCGGCUCCAUCAUGCCGCUAAGCGCGCUUUUCGGCGGGAUCGCUGGCGGACCCCUAAUCGAGUACAUCGGAAGGCGGAACACCAUCCUCUUCACGGCCUUCCCAUUCAUUAUUUCUUGGCUGCUGAUUGGCCUUGCCUCCAAUGUCGCCAUGAUCCUGUCCGGCCGAGCGCUGAGCGGUUUCUGCGUAGGAGUCGCGUCGCUCUCGCUGCCCGUUUACCUCGGCGAGACGAUCCAGCCGGAAGUGCGGGGCUCGCUCGGCCUGCUGCCCACGGCGUUCGGCAACAUCGGUAUACUGGUCAGUUACGUGGUCGGUAUGUACCUGAACUGGUGGAAGCUCGCCCUGUUCGGCGCGAUCCUGCCGCUGCCGUUCGCUCUGCUGAUGGUCAUGAUCCCCGAGACUCCAAGGUGGUACAUCUCCAAGGGCAAGACGAAGCGCGCCCGCAGGUCCCUGCAGUGGCUGCGCGGACGCAGCGCCGACGUCUCGGACGAGCUGACCGCCAUCGAGAAGACCCACGUCGAGAGCGAGAGACAGGCCACCCAGGGCGCCCUGACCGAGCUCUUCAAAGGCAACAACUUCAAGCCCCUGCUCAUCUCCCUAGGACUCAUGUUCUUUCAGCAGAUGUCCGGCAUCAACGCCGUCAUCUUCUACACCGUCAUGAUCUUCGAUGCGGCAGAGACCUCUAUGGACGCCAACCUGUGCACCAUCAUCGUGGGCAUCGUGAACUUCGCCUCGACCUUCCUCGCGACGGCCCUGAUCGACAGGCUCGGGCGCAAGAUCCUCCUCUACAUGAGCAGCGUCAGCAUGAUCGUGUCGCUAGUGGUUCUGGGUGCGUUUUUCUACAUCAAGAACGUGGACCCGCUGCGAGCGGCCAGCCUCGGCUGGCUGCCCCUCACGGCCUUCGUCGUCUACGUGCUCGGCUUCUCCCUGGGUUUCGGCCCGAUCCCCUGGCUCAUGAUGGGCGAGAUCCUGCCGGCCAAGAUCCGCGGCAGCGCCGCCAGCGUCGCGACCAGCUUCAACUGGACCUGCACCUUCAUCGUCACCAAGACCUUCAGCGACGUCCUGGCGCUGCUCGGCUCGGCCGGCACCUUCUGGCUCUUCGCCGCCAUCUGCGUGCUCGGCCUGCUCUUCGUCAUCACCUGGGUGCCCGAGACCAGCGGCAGAUCGCUCGAGGAGAUCGAACGCGGCCUCACCGGACCCAUCAGGAGGAUGAGCGCCGUUGCCAACAUCAAGCCUACGCCUAUGGCCUGCUGAGUCCCACUUCCCGUUCGGACGAUGAUGAUGCUUUGCGCCAAGUCGAUGACGCGGCUGCUGCUGAUGUGAUCGGGCGAUCAGUCACUCAUCGGCGGCGGCCGACACGACUCUCUCGCGACAGACCAAAAACUUAUAUUUUUACUUCGCUCGCAAUCAGAUGUUUCUGUAAAUUAUAGCCUGCAGAUGAACUUGGGGACAACUUGAUCGGUCGACACUCGACAUUCAUCCGGUGUAGUUGAUAUACUCGUUCGAUUCCGACCGCAAGUUGUGCGUCUUUUGUCUUCUUUUCGAGAAUGAGCAAUACUGUGUGCAGUCUUUGUUGGCAAACGAGUCGUAGAGACUGCUGUUAGAGACUGUUGUCGGAAGAUGGAUGUAUGCGCAUAUACGCUGAAAAAAAACACAGUUAUUUCUGCUGUAAGUCCGGUAGUUUUGAUCGUUCUGCCACCGUAACGACUGUUCAGUGAGAACAACGGUGUGCCACUGGUAGUUUUGGCGAGUCGCGACUCGUGAAACUGGUCGCUUACGCGGGACACCAGCAAAAACGACCGAACUGAUUCUUUAAAACUACUGAACUCUACGGUGAUUUUGGCGAGUCUUCGUACAAUUACGGAUUACUGGUGCGAUUUCAGAUAAAAUGGCUGAGUUUUUUUUCAGUUUACGUAUAGGUAUAUGACGAUGAGGAAAAGCGAUUGCUGUUGACUAAGUGUAUAGCUUCCGUUAUUGUUGUUCGACAAUCAUAUCAGAGACAGGGUCUACCUCAAGCCAAUAGCGUUGCGCGCAACUGAUGUGUGUCGUAUACGCUACGUGCGUAUAUAGGUAUAGAAAUAAUGCAAUAACGCAUGGCCGACGACGUUUGCGCGCGAGGUGCAGCGUUUCACGGGAUACAAAGAACCAAGGUGCGAUAUUAGAAAUUAGGAUAUAUACCUGUAGCGUUCGUCAUAAUUACUGCUAUUGAUUGAUGCGAAUAUUUCAUGAUUCUCGCGGCGAGCCGUGAGAAAAUUGUACAUAGUCAGAGGCUUACGUAGAGAAAACUUGAUUUUCUUGCUCUUCCUUUCUUUCGCAAUUAUGUAUUCCAAGAUUUGUAGAUAGCUCUGUGUAAAUAAUGAAAGAAAGAGGCAGAGAGAGAGAGAGAGAGAGAGAGAGAGAGAUACAUAAACAAUUAGUAGAUUACUAAGCGAUGCAAUGAUACAUUUACUACUACACUAUAUUAUAACUAUAAUAUAAAUUUUUACCUUCUAAAGAUUUUCGAAGAUAGAUGUAGCGUUUAGAGUAGCAUUUAAGAUUGUUGAAGUUUUGAGAUCAAGUAGGCAGAUUUUUUUUAGGAAGGAUAACACGUGCAAUUCGAUCAAACUUGUGCUAAGCAAAAAUAUAAGUACAGGAUCAAUAGCGUGUACUUAAUUUUAACAUGGCCUUGCGCCGUCUCCAGAUGCGAGCCGUUUAUGGAAGAAUGUCAACGAAUGCUAAAUAGAUCUGAAAAAUGGUUCCUUUCUGUGCGUUCGAGUUCAGUGCUCGAAACCUUGUUGAAACGUGAUAUCUAUAAUAAUUCCAACUUUAUAUAUUUUCGUUAGCGAUAUUUUUCUUAAGAAGCAAUGGCUAUUUUUCUAAUAAAAAUAAUCAUACCUAAUCAAUAUUUAUUGUUGUAAUACUUUCAAAAAAUGUACCUGUUCAAAACAAUUUUAUCAAAGAAUCAAAAUUACUAGCAUCAGUGCACGAUGGGAAUGUUCAUCACGAGAAAUACGUACAGCAUCGAGUUUGAAAACACCUAUGUAGCACUUAGUACAUUUGAAUGAUUAGACAGUACUCAAUAUAUUAUAAUGCACUACUGAAAUGAUGGCGAUAAAGAUAAAGAACAAUUUUUCCAUAAA